CGGGGCGGGGCCUCAGCCCGCCCGGCAGCCCGAGCACUCUGCAGGAGCUGCAGCUGCCGCCGGCCGCGCCUUCAAGGUCUCACCGCUUCCUCAGCAGAGACCCGGGCUCGGCCGCCAUGUCCGCCGCGGACGAGGUUGACGGACUGGGCGUGGCCCGGCCGCACUAUGGCUCUGUCCUGGAUAAUGAGAGACUCACUGCCGAGGAGAUGGAUGAGAGGAGACGUCAGAAUGUGGCUUAUGAGUACCUUUGUCAUUUGGAAGAAGCAAAGAGGUGGAUGGAAGCGUGCCUCGGGGAAGACCUGCCUCCCACCACAGAACUGGAGGAGGGGCUUAGGAAUGGGGUCUACCUUGCCAAACUAGGAAACUUCUUCUCUCCCAAAGUGGUAUCCUUGAAGAAGAUUUACGAUCGAGAGCAGACCAGAUACAAGGCAACUGGCCUGCACUUUAGACAUACUGAUAACGUGAUUCAGUGGUUGAAUGCCAUGCAUGAGAUUGGAUUGCCUAAGAUUUUUUACCCAGAAACUACAGAUAUCUAUGAUCGAAAAAACAUGCCAAGAUGUAUCUACUGUAUCCACGCACUCAGUUUGUACCUGUUUAAACUGGGCCUGGCUCCUCAGAUUCAAGACCUAUAUGGAAAGGUUGACUUCACAGAAGAGGAAAUCAACAACAUGAAGAUCGAGCUGGAGAAGUACGGGAUCCAGAUGCCCGCCUUCAGCAAGAUCGGGGGCAUCCUGGCUAACGAGCUCUCGGUGGACGAAGCUGCAUUGCAUGCUGCCGUUAUUGCCAUUAAUGAGGCUGUUGACCGUAGAAUUGCAGCCGACACAUUUGUGGCUCUGAGAAACCCCAAUGCCAUGCUUGUAAAUCUUGAAGAGCCCUUGGCUUCCACGUACCAGGAUGUGCUUUAUCGGGCCAAGCAGGAGAAAAUGACCAACGCUAAAAAUAGGACAGAAAACUCUGAGAGAGAAAGGGACGUUUAUGAGGAGCUGCUCACUCAAGCUGAAAUUCAAGGCAAUAUAAACAAAGUUAACACGUCUUCUGCCUUAGCAAAUGUGGACCUGGCUUUGGAGCAGGGCGUGGCACUUGCCUUGUUCAAGGCCCUGCAGUCUCCAGCUCUGGGCCUUCGAGGGCUGCAGCAGCAGAAUGGGGACUGGUACCUCAAGCAGCUCCUGAGCGACAGAGAGCAGAAGAGACAGGGUGGCCAGGCUGAUCCCCUGCAGAAGGAGGAGCUCCAGUGUGGCGUGGACGCUGCAAACGGUGCUGCCCAACAGUAUCAGAGAAGGCUGGCAGCCGUGGCAGCCAUCAAUGCUGCCAUCCAGAAGGGUGUUGCUGAGAAGACCGUCCUGGAGCUCACGAAUCCUGAGGCCCAGCUGCCCCAGGUGUACCCCUUUGCUGCUGAUCUUUAUCAGAAAGAGCUGGCUACCCUGCAGCAGCAGAGUCCUGAACAUAGCCUCACCCACCCUGAGCUCUCUGUCGCCGUGGAAAUGCUGUCCUCCGUGGCCCUAAUCAACAGGGCGCUGGAGUCAGGGGACAUGAACACAGUGUGGAAACAGCUGAGCAGUUCUGUGACAGGCCUUACCAAUAUCGAAGAAGAAAACUGUCAGAGGUAUCUGGAUGAGCUGAUGAAACUAAAAACACAGGCACAUGCAGAAAACACUGCGUUUAUUACGUGGAAUGACAUCCAGGCUUGCGUGGACCAUGUGAAUCUGGUGGUGCAGGAGGAGCACGAGCGGAUUUUAGCCAUUGGUUUAAUUAAUGAAGCCCUGGAUGAAGGUGACGCCCAGAAGACUCUGCAGGCCCUACAGAUUCCUGCGGCCAAACUUGAGGGCGUCCUUGCAGAGGUGGCCCAGCACUACCAAGACACACUGAUCAGAGCCAAGAGAGAGAAAGCCCAGGAAACCCAGGACGAGUCAGCUGUGUUGUGGUUGGAUGAAAUUCAAGGUGGGAUCUGGCAGUCCAACAAAGACACCCAGGAAGCACAGAGGUUUGCCCUAGGAAUCUAUGCCAUUAAUGAGGCAGUGGACGGUGGUGAUGUUGGCAAGACACUGAGUGCCCUUCGUUCCCCUGAUGUCGGCUUGUAUGGAGUCAUCCCCGAAUGUGGUGAGACUUACCAAAGUGACCUUGCUGAGGCCAAGAAGAAGAAACUGGCAGCAGGAGAUAAUAACAGCAAGUGGGUAAAGCACUGGGUGAAAGGUGGAUACUACUACUACCACAACCUGGAGACCCAGGAAGGGGGAUGGGAGGAGCCCCCAGACUUCGUGCAGAAUUCAAUGCAGCUUUCUCGGGAGGAGAUCCAGAGCUCCAUCUCGGGGGUGACGGCUGCGUACAACCGAGAACAACUCUGGCUAGCCAACGAAGGCUUGAUCACCAGGCUGCAGGCUCGCUGCCGUGGAUACUUGGUUCGAAAAGAGUUCCGAUCCAGGAUGAACUUCCUGAAGAAACAAAUCCCGGCCAUCACCUGCAUUCAGUCACAGUGGAGAGGAUACAAGCAGAAGAAGGCAUAUCAAGAUCGCUUAGCUUACCUGCGUGCCCACAAAGAUGAAGUUGUAAAGAUUCAGUCCCUGGCAAGGAUGCACCAGGCUAGAAAGCGCUAUAGAGAUCGCCUGCAGUAUUUCCGAGACCAUAUAAAUGACAUUAUCAAAAUCCAGGCCUUUAUUCGGGCAAACAAAGCUCGUGAUGACUACAAGACUCUCAUCAAUGCUGAGGAUCCUCCGAUGAUCGUGGUCCGAAAAUUUGUCCACCUUCUUGACCAAAGUGACCAAGAUUUUCAGGAGGAACUUGAUCUGAUGAAGAUGCGGGAGGAGGUCAUUACCCUCAUUCGUUCUAACCAACAGCUGGAGAAUGACCUCAAUCUCAUGGAUAUCAAAAUUGGACUGCUCGUGAAAAAUAAAAUCACACUGCAGGAUGUGGUUUCCCACAGUAAAAAACUUACCAAGAAGAAUAAGGAGCAGUUGUCUGAUAUGAUGAUGCUAAAUAAGCAGAAGGGAGGGCUCAAGGCUUUAAGCAAGGAGAAGAGAGAGAAGCUGGAGGCUUACCAACACCUCUUUUAUUUAUUGCAGACGAACCCCACCUAUUUGGCAAAGCUGAUUUUUCAGAUGCCCCAGAACAAAUCCACCAAAUUCAUGGACUCUGUAAUCUUCACCCUGUACAACUACGCGUCCAACCAGCGAGAGGAGUACCUGCUCCUACGGCUCUUCAAGACGGCACUCCAGGAGGAGAUCAAGUCAAAAGUAGAUCAGAUUCAAGAGAUCGUGACAGGAAAUCCUACAGUCAUUAAGAUGGUUGUGAGUUUUAACCGAGGCGCACGGGGCCAGAAUGCCCUGAGACAAAUCCUGGCCCCCGUCGUGAAGGAGAUUAUGGAUGACAAGUCUCUUAACAUCAAAACUGACCCUGUGGAUAUAUACAAGUCUUGGGUUAAUCAGAUGGAGUCUCAGACGGGAGAGGCAAGCAAACUGCCCUAUGAUGUGACCCCUGAGCAGGCUCUGGCUCAUGAAGAGGUCAAGACACGGCUAGACAACUCCAUCAGGAACAUGCGGGCCGUGACAGACAAGUUCCUCUCGGCCAUCAUCAGCUCUGUGGACAAAAUCCCCUAUGGGAUGCGCUUCAUCGCCAAAGUGCUGAAGGACUCGUUGCAUGAGAAGUUCCCUGACGCCGGUGAGGAUGAGCUGCUGAAGAUUAUUGGUAACUUGCUUUACUAUCGAUACAUGAAUCCAGCCAUUGUCGCUCCCGAUGCCUUUGAUAUCAUUGACCUGUCAGCCGGAGGCCAGCUCACCACGGACCAACGCCGAAAUCUUGGCUCCAUUGCCAAGAUGCUCCAGCAUGCAGCUUCCAAUAAGAUGUUUCUGGGAGAUAAUGCGCACCUGGGCAUCAUUAACGAGUAUCUCUCCCAGUCCUACCAGAAAUUCAGACGGUUUUUCCAAACUGCUUGUGAUGUCCCAGAGCUUCAGGAUAAAUUUAAUGUGGAUGAAUAUUCUGAUUUAGUGACCCUCACCAAACCAGUGAUCUACAUUUCUAUUGGUGAAAUCAUCAACACCCACACUCUCCUGUUGGAUCAUCAGGACGCCAUUGCUCCGGAACACAACGAUCCCAUCCAUGAGCUGCUGGACGACCUGGGCGAGGUGCCCACCAUCGAGUCCCUGAUAGGAGAGAGCGCUGGCAAUUUAAAUGACCCCAAUAAGGAGGCGCUGGCUAAGACAGAAGUGUCCCUCACGCUGACCAACAAGUUUGAUGUGCCUGGCGACGAGAAUGCGGAAAUGGAUGCUCGGACCAUCCUGCUGAACACGAAACGUUUAAUUGUGGACGUCAUCCGGUUCCAGCCAGGCGAGACCUUGACGGAAAUCCUGGAAACCCCAGCCACCAGUGAACAGGAAGCAGAACAUCAGAGGGCCAUGCAGAGGCGCGCUAUUCGUGACGCCAAAACUCCCGACAAGAUGAAAAAGUCCAAAUUCGUAAAGGAAGACAGCAACCUCACCCUCCAGGAGAAGAAGGAGAAGAUCCAGUCGGGCUUGAAGAAGCUAACGGAGCUUGGGACAGUGGACCCAAAGAACAGAUACCAGGAGCUGAUCAAUGACAUUGCCAAGGACAUUCGGAAUCAGCGGAGAUACAGACAGAGAAGGAAGGCCGAGCUGGUGAAAUUGCAACAAACUUACGCUGCUCUGAACUCGAAGGCCACUUUCUAUGGAGAGCAGGUGGAUUACUACAAAAGCUAUAUCAAAACCUGCUUGGAUAACUUGGCCAGCAAGGGCAAGGUCUCCAAGAAGCCUAGGGAAAUGAAAGGAAAGAAAAGCAAAAAGAUUUCUCUGAAAUACACGGCAGCAAGACUACAUGAAAAAGGAGUCCUUCUGGAAAUUGAGGACCUACAAGUGAACCAGUUUAAGAAUGUUAUCUUUGAAAUCAGUCCAACAGAAGAAGUUGGAGACUUUGAAGUGAAAGCCAAGUUCAUGGGCGUUCAGAUGGAGACGUUUAUGUUGCAUUAUCAGGACCUGCUGCAGCUACAGUAUGAAGGCGUCGCAGUCAUGAAGUUAUUUAAUAGAGCUAAAGUAAAUGUCAACCUUCUGAUCUUCCUCCUCAACAAAAAGUUCUACGGGAAGUAAUUGAUCUGUUGCUGCCAGCCCAGAACGAUGAAGGAAAGAAGCUCCUCACAGUUCCCUUUCUUGGGUCCUUCUUUCCUCAUUGGAAGCAAAGACCCAGCCCUGAACAGAGCCUCAACUUGAUACACUCCCAACACCACCCUCUUAACCCCUCCCGAUCUAAUGGGACUUCUACUGCCCUUUCUUCAUAGUGAAAUUGUAUUUCAGGCUUAGUCUGACCCUCUUGUUCCUUCCUUUUUUUCCGUCACUUAGGAAGGAGCAGAUGCUCCACUAAAAUCCCUCUUGGUUGGUACAAGGCUGAGAGGCUGCAUGACCCUCUUGUAGGCUUUGGUGUUUGUGUGAAUUAGCAACAGGGUUGGUGGGACUUGAAUUCUUGUUAUUUGGAAGUGGGCGCGCUCGGCACUAAGGACACGCUGGAAGGCACACAACUCGAAGGUCAGGUCAUCUCCAGUCACUAGCUUGUCAUUUAAAGGUGAAGUUCCUGUACGUUUCCAUCCUGUCUGUCGGUCAGAUGAAGGGAUCCAGGGUCUCCUUGGUUCUCGUCCAUUCUGAUUUCCUUUAUGCACAGGAGCUAACAGAAGUCCCUGUUCUGGGUUCAAAGGGAACAUUUCUAGCAAAGGGGAGAGACAGCUUUCAAAUGUCACCAUUAAAUGUGAGCAGUGCUGUUGGUGUAGCUCUGAUUGGGGUGGGAGAGCCCCCACUGAUCACACCCGGCUGCGGGGGGGCCACAACGGUCCGCCGGGCCUGCUUUUUCUGUGCUGGUGCGCGGAAGGGGGUUCUGUUCCAGAAGGUGCUCCACUCAGCCCUGUCCCUGGGGCGCGGACGGGCCAGCCCUAGCGUAGAGUGGAAUUAUCUUCAAAACUGUUUUCUAUCUUAAGAGUGCCUUAUUAAAGUGUAGAUUUACUUCUUGAAAUGUGGGUGAUAGAAAUUUGGAAGAUUUAUAUAAUGCUUUAAAAGCCUUUAGAAUACUGUAAGAAAAGUGUUUUUAAAAAUUGGCUUAUUUGUAUAUCUGAACUCUUAGAACUUUCUUAUAUAACUACAACACUAGGAUUUAUCUGCAGGGUUGCAGGGACUUAAUCCUGCCUUAAAUAGACCGGAACAAAAACAAACAAAACCAGCCAAUGGACAUAAACUUGGUAUGAAGAUCGCUUUUCCCCACUUUUUUCUCUUCUAUUGCUACCCAUGCCUGCCCUGCCUUUAUUUUAUGAGCUCCCAUUUUUCUGGGUUUAGUCCAAAACAAUUCAGUUCUAAACUUUGAGCUUCAGAAGCUUUUGUUAUUACAUAAAAAGUCAUAUACUUGGAAAAAAACAAACAAACAACUGUUUAUCCAGGAAAAUAUGUUGGAAAUCAUGCUACUGAGCCUCUGUGUUCUCUGAUGUUUUGGUUCAGUAUUCUUUCAUCAUAAAACAUAAAGUUUAACAAAAUAAACUUACAUUUGAAAAUUUAUUGAUUAUAUUGGAAACCAAUAAACUGUUUCAUUAAUAACAAAUCACGUCAUGUGUCCCUAUUACAAAUGUAAGCGUUGGAGAUGUGUCUUUCCUGAGAGACCGUUUGCUCAGUAGGGCCACCGCCGUGCAAAUGCGAGUUGCCUACAUCUUGACGCACCCCAGCCAGGAAGAGGUGAGGUGUGGCGCGCCAUCAGCCUGACCUGGUUUUUUCCUGUAUUUCUGAAGAUCAUUUUUCAGUGAAUAUUUUCCUCAGCUCAAAAGCAGAUGCUGUGACAAGUAGCAUCACCUCAAAAACUGGGACCAACCAAAGCGUCAACCCUUUCACUUUAACAGGAGACCCAUCCCAGAUGCCCAUCGGGCCUCCGCGGCAGACCGCGAGCAGAGUUUACAGCUCCUUUAGUAAAAUACGGUGUUUGGAUUAUUUGUGAGGAUUGUAGUUCCCUUGAUACAGCUCCUAAUGCAAAGUAGCACAAAACGCACUUCAAGAUUUUGGUGGUCGCUGGGUAGCAUUACGGUUCGGAUCGCACGGGAAGCGUCCAGACGAGCUCACGUUGCGGCGUUGACUCCACGUAGCCCUUCGGCCUCCUAAUUAUUAGCCGCCGCCUUCUCUGUCUCGUCCCUCCGCCUCUGACCUUCUCUUCCACCGGCUAUGGUGACAUUUCUCGUGAAUUUACUUCCAGCCGUUCGGACCGCCCAUCAGAUUGCUGCACACAAUUGCCUUUGUAUCUCUGUAUGAAAUAAAAGGUCAUUUGUU